AUGGGAUAUACCAACCUGACAUAUCUGAACCCAAAGACGGUGAUCUUGAUCGGUCUCCCUGGACUUGAACAUGUGCAGUUUUGGAUUGGGUUUCCCUUCCUGGCUGUGUGUUUGGUGGCAUUGCUGGGCAACAUCUUCUUGCUAAUCAUUAUUCCGACAGAACGAAGUUUGCAGCAGCCCAUGUAUAUCUUCCUGGCAGUGUUGGCAGCUACGGACCUUGGACUUUGUGCAGCCAUUGCUCCUAAGAUGCUGGCCAUCUUCUGGUUUGGUUCAUACUCCAUGGCUUUUGAUGCAUGCCUCAGCCAGCUCUUCUUCAUUCAUGCCUUGCAGGGUAUGGAAUCGGGCAUUCUACUGUCCAUGGCCUUUGACCGCUAUGUUGCCAUCUGUGAGCCUCUGAGACACACGUCCAUCUUCACACCUUUCUUUCUACAUCAAGUGGUGCUGAUGGUGGCAAUUCGAGCGACACUUCUUGUUGGGAUUUUACCCAUCCUGCUCAAGCGACUGCAGAGGUUCCACUCUGUGAUUGUUGUCCACUCUUACUGUGAGCACAUGGCUGUGGUCAAGUUGGCAGCGGAAGAUGUCCAUAUCAAUAGAUCAUACGGGCUCUUUGUGGCUUUUGCAAUUCUGGGUUUUGACAUGAUAUUUGUUUUUAUCUCCUACAUUCUGAUAUUCCGGGCUGUUUUUCGUCUUCCUCAGAAGGAGGCACGAAUCAAAGCAUUUAACACUUGUACAGCCCAUAUUGUUGUCUUCCUGGAGUUUUAUAUCCUUGCCUUCUUUUCCUUUUUCAGUCACCGUUUUGGUCAUGUAUCACCCUAUGUACACAUUCUGCUGUCUACUGUCUACCUCCUUGUGCCCCCUGCCCUUAACCCCAUCGUGUAUGGUGUGAAGACCAAAGAGAUCCGCAGCCGGGUUGUUCAGAUGUUUAUUGUAAAGCCAAACAACCAACAGUGA